AUGUUUCUGAAACAGAUCAAAGUUUACACGUUGACCAUAGGAGGUCAUGCGAGCGGGAAGCUGCACCGUACGCUCGCUUCGAUCCGGUCGACGGUGGAUUUGACCCUCUUUAACGGAGCUGCGGGUCGCCGCGUAUGCUUUUACUGGCGCGGGUGGUUUCGUCCGCUCGUGUGCCUCGUUAACGGGGACCGGAUCAAGCUCCGGUAG